UACCGUGCAUGGCACAUCUUUAGACCUGAUUAUCGUGAUACAAAUUUGAGGGGAGGAGGAGCAAAGUCAAAAAAUAGAAUUGAGAGAAUAAACAAACGCACAAGUGUGAACCCUGAUAUCGCCGCAACAAUAUUCAGGGGGCCCUCUUCAAGUUUCGAGUUUUGUUAG